CAUGAAAGAAGACCAUGACUCGCAAGUCGCAACGGUUACUUGACUCACUGAGUGAACUCGCUCUCCCUCUGUUGGCUGCUGUUGCUUUCCUUCCUCUUCUCUUUCUUUUCUCUACCUCUGCGCUGCACACACACGCUUACGCUUUUCUCUUUCCCGCUCGGUGCCCAUUUUCGUCUUUUCGCUCUCCAUCUUCCUCCUCGCAAAAUCAGACGGCGCACUUUCCUCCACGUCACCAUCGUCUUCUUCAUCCCCACUGCGACCUCUCCUACACACACAUACAUCUAUAAUAAUUUUAUUAUAUAUUUACAUAAAAUAACCGCUUCGUCUUUUACCUCUAGCCUUAGGGUUUCUCUCAUCUUCACCCAAACACAAUCUCUCUUUCCUCUCUCCCCCGCUCGCUCUACGAACCUUCAAAUUCUCGAGCCCUUCAUGUCUCAGACUUAGUGCUCUGCUGGUCAAUUUCGCCAUUGAAGCUUGUUCCAGGGUUUUUUAUUCGGUGAUGGUUUGAAAUUUGGGGAUUCGGUGAAUUUGGAGGUGGUUCUAGUGUAAAAUUGUGAAUCUGUUUGCUUUUGGCGGGUUGGGUUUUGGUUGUUAGAAUUCAUGGCUAUUGAGAAGAACAACUUCAAGGUUUCGAGGUUUGAUUCAGAGUUUUCUCCCGGUAGUAGGAAGAGUAUGUCUAGUGACGAGGAUGAGCUACAACAGCGUAGCUCUGCUGCUGAAUCUGAUGAUGAUGAUGAAUUUGAUGAUGCGGACUCGGGGGCGGGGUCUGAUGACUUUGAUUUGUUGGAAUUGGGGGAAACUGGUGUGGAGUUUUGCCAAGUUGGGAGUCAGACUUGCAGCAUUCCUUUUGAGCUGUAUGAUAUUCCAAGUCUUGAAGAUAUACUGUCAGUGGAUGUAUGGAAUGAGUGCUUGAGUGAGGAGGAGCAGUUUGGCCUCACUAAGUAUCUGCCUGAUUUGGACCAGGAGACCUUUAUGAUUACCUUGAAAGAGCUUUUUACAGGUUGUAACUUCCAUUUUGGGAGCCCUGUUAAGAAGUUGUUUGAUAUGUUGAAGGGAGGUUUGUGUGAGCCGAGAGUUGCUCUUUACCGGGAGGGUUUGAAUUUCUUUCAGAAGCGGCAACACUAUAAUAUUUUGAGGAAGCAUCAGAAUAAUAUGGUUAGUAAUCUCUGUCAGAUAAGGGAUGCUUGGCUUAAUUGCAAGGGAUAUAGUAUUGAGGAGAGGCUCCGGGUGUUGAAUAUUAUGAGAAUCCAGAAGAGUUUGAUGGGUGAGAAGAUGGAAGAUAUGGAGACUGACUCCUCAGAAAGGGAGUCGGGUGAAGGCUUACAGAUCAACAAGAUCAAGGACAGGAAAGUUGCACAGAAAAUCGCUCGUUAUUCUCCAUACGGGGUGGGUACAAAUGUGGAUUUUGCAUCAAGAGGGCGGUCAUCGGCUAUGGAACUGGCAAAAUAUGGAAAGCAGAAUCCAAAAGGUAUACUGAAGAUGGCUGGGUCGAAGACUUCUUCAGCAAAAGAACUAGCAAGCCAUUCUGGACCAUACAGUUCAGCAGUCACUCUUCCUCAGCAGAUUAAGGCCGGAGGGUAUGAUUCCAGGGCAACACUCAGAAUGAGGGAUCAGUUGAUAAGUGGUGAUGAUGUUGAAGACACAACAUAUGGAAUUGGUGUCCAGCGAGAUAGAAGUGUGACUCGUAGUAGCUUGAUGGACAAGUCUGGUGUUUUCAAAGUGGGAAAGAAGCUGGACCUAUCAAGAGGUGAUGAAUUAAUCACUGACACCUUGCUGGGUGUGCCUGUCUCCUCAAAGACUGAUGUACAUGCCUAUGGUAGGAACCGCAAUGCAAACCUUUUGUCAGAGUCAAAGGUAAUAACAGCAAAACCUCCUAACUUGAGGACCCCCUAUGAUUUUGGUAAAAAGGCCAAGUAUCCAGAAAAUGUUCAGCAAUUUACAGUUGGGGAUCAGAUGAAGUCCUUGAAAAGCAGACUUCCACAACCACCACUAAGAGGAGAUCGAGCUGACUCGUCAGAUCGCGCAGAACUAUUCUGGCAUAACAGGAAUGAAGGGGAGACUUUUCCUAUGGAUUCACCCUUAAGAGCGGAUGACUGGAAUGUUAGGAGCAAGAAAUGGAAGAUUGGGAGGGAGUCUCCUGAUUUAAAUUACAAAUCAUAUAGAGCUUCCCCACCACAGAUGAAUGAUAGAUUUUUGUCUUCUGAAUUUAGAGCAAAACCAUUUCAAGAGAAGAUAAGAGGGAAUAGAGUACAAAAUGGAGGAUCAGACAUGGUGGCAUUGAAAAGUAAUAGAAUGUUUGUUAAAAAUGAAGAUACAGAAUCAGACUCAUCAGAGCAAUUUGAGGAUGAUGAGGAUAGCAACCCUUUGUUGAGGAGUAAGCUGGCUUAUCCUAGUGGUGUUAUGGAGGCUUCACCAUCUUCUUUGUUGAAGCCUGCUCUAGAUGCAAAAAGAGGCAAAUAUGUGAAGAAAGAGGCGAAAGAUAGUUUACGGGCCCUUGAUGGGAUCAAUUACCCCUCCAACAAGAUGGGUGGUUUUGUUGAACAUGGACAUAUGCGUAGUCUAGAAACCUAUACUGCCAAAGCAAAACAAAAGGGUAAGAUGCGAGACAAUAGUCCCAUGCAUAAUUCUUCGACCAGAGUUUUGGAAGAACGCUAUAUCUCGGGCUUGGGUAAAUUUCAUGAUGAGGAUGAUGAUUAUGAUGAACAGAAACAAAUCUACAAAUUGGGCAAGAAUGCCCAAUUUGAAGGGGAAGCUGGUGAAAGGUUGCACAUACCUUCAUGGAAGACCUACCCUACUACGGGAAAGCAGAAAAGAGAAGUUGGCCAUGAUCAUUCUGUACCACAGUCUCGUUAUUUUGUUGAUGAGGAGGAUGACUCACUUGAAAUGCGAUCGCUAGCUAAUGGUAGUGGACAUGGUAGAUUCAGGAAGAAAGGUCAGAACACUGAAGCAUAUGUGAGUGAUCGCCAUGAACGAAUUGAGGUCCCACUAUUAGGGUGCAAUUUGAUGACAAAGAAGCGGAAAGGUAAGGAGGAUUCAGACACUGGGAGAGGAGAUGACGAUGGUGACUUACAGUCUAACCAUUUGCAACGUAGUGUUGAUUCCAAUUCCUUGAAAAAAAAGGCAAAGAGGAAGGUGGAGAAUGACGUCAGCUCAGAUGUAGAAAUUUCUGAUCCACCAAUUACAGAAAUGGGAGCAACAGAUAUGGAGCCGGAAACCAAGCCCCAGAAAAAACCAUUUAUUCCAAUUACACCUACGGUUCAUACUGGCUUCUCAUUCUCGAUUGUACAUCUUCUUUCAGCUGUUCGCUUGGCAAUGAUCACUCCACUUUCGGAAGAUGCUUUUGAUGUUGGGGGACCUAUAGAUGAGCAGAACAAAAAUCACGAGGGUUGUGUAAAUGGGGUUCUUUCUCGUCAAAAGGUGGAUGCCAAUAACUCAGAGCUUGCUGGAGAAGUGAAUAUGCCUUCUCUAACAGUUCAGGAGAUUGUGAACCGUGUUAGAUCGAAUCCAGGAGAUCCUUGUAUUCUUGAGACACAAGAGCCACUUCAGGAUCUGGUGAGAGGAGUUCUAAAGAUAUUUUCUUCAAAAACAGCACCUUUAGGAGCAAAGGGUUGGAAGACACUGGCCGCCUAUGAAAAAGCUACAAAAAGCUGGGCAUGGACUGGUCCAGUUUCUCAUGGUUCAUCAGAUCAUGAAACCAGUGAUGAGGUGACAUCUCCUGAAGCGUGGGGUCUUCCUCACAAAAUGCUUGUCAAGUUGGUUGAUUCGUUUGCUAAUUGGCUCAAAUGUGGGCAAGAGACCCUUCAACAAAUCGGAAUUCUUCCGGAACCGCCCUUGGAGUUGAUGCAGCUCAACCUGGAUGAGAAAGAACGGUUCAGGGACCUAAGAGCUCAAAAGAGUCUUAACACCAUUAACCCAAGUUCUGAAGAAGUGAGAGCUUAUUUCCGUAAGGAGGAAGUUCUCAGGUAUUCAAUUCCAGACAGGGCCUUCUCUUACACAGCAGCUGAUGGUAAAAAAUCCAUUGUUGCCCCAUUAAGAAGGUGUGGCGGUAAGCCAACAUCAAAAGCUCGAGAUCACUUUAUGCUGAAACGUGAUCGACCACCACAUGUUACAAUUCUUUGUCUUGUGAGAGAUGCAGCUGCAAGAUUGCCUGGAAGUAUUGGCACCAGAGCAGAUGUUUGUACUUUGAUAAGAGAUUCUCAGUACAUUGUUGAAGACGUCUCUGAUGCCCAAGUUAAUCAAGUUGUUAGUGGAGCCCUGGACCGUUUGCAUUAUGAGCGUGAUCCUUGUGUGCAAUUUGAUGGGGAAAGAAAAUUAUGGGUCUAUUUGCAUAGAGAAAGAGAAGAAGAAGAUUUUGAAGAUGACGGUACUUCAUCUACAAAGAAAUGGAAGAGGCAGAAAAAGGAUUCUGCCGAGCAACCUGACCAAGGAGCAGUAACAGUGGCUUAUCAUGGGACUGGGGAACAAGCUGGAUAUGAUUUGUGCUCUGAUCUCAAUGUUGAGCCAUCAUCAUGUUUGGAUGAUGUGAGGCAAGAAGUUGAGGAGGAUAAUGUUGAUACCAAUCACGGGUCUGAACAAGAUGAAAUGCACCAAGAUGAUCCAAUUCUUUGGGAGGAGGGUCUGGGCUUAAAUCCAAUGCGAGAAAACAAAUUGCUAUGUCAGGAAAAUUCCACGAAUGAAGAUUUUGAUGAUGAAACGUUUGGGAGAGAAAGGACAGUUGGGCUCUUGAGUGCAAGCUUACUAUGAGGUCUUCUUCAGGCAUCAGAUCGCCUUGUCGUUCCCAAGUCAAGGAGUGUGUUAUACAUUGAAGGUGCAGUAUUUUUGCAUAUAUAUAUAUAUUGAUUCUAUCAGGAAAUGUAGAAUAGAAAUUUAGUCUUGUUUGAGGCUCAUCAUGGGUUGAUACAGGUGGAUAUCUAUAUAUAGUUCUGCCUUUCAUAAAUAAAUUUUUUUGGUUUUUAUAUGUAGAUUAUGCUAAAAAAAGGAAAAAGAAAAGUAGUUCAUAAUGUAGAUUGAGCAAUAUGGCCGAUCCAA